GUUGGUGGGGAUCUGAACGAAUAUAAACACAUAAACACACUUAAAAAAACAUGUUAAAGAUCGCAAAACAUAAGGAUUUCUAGACCUUUAGUUUCAUCUGUGUUUCUGGUUUUGACAAUUUUUUUAUUAUUUACUUAGCUCUGGUCUUAAUUCAUUCAUCUGUGUGUGUUAACUUCUGUGCAGUAGAGUUGGGUUCCUUAAAAUAGUUGUAAUUUUUUUCCUUUCAUCUGGUUUCCCCGUGUCUUAGUUUUGUUUCUUUCUCCUUUUCUUCAGCCUCCAAGCUGUUUUUCAUCUCCUCAUUUCCUCUGCCUGCUCUCCCUCUCUCCCAGCUGCCUCUGCUCUCCUUUGAUUGCUCCUUUGUCACGUCCACCUUUCCUUCAGUACUUAAGAUAUUCAGUGUGCAUUAAUUUUCUCUGGUUCCUUUGUUGAUCUUCGUGACUUACUCCAUGCUUUUCUCCAUUUGUCCAGCUGUUGCUACCUGCUAUUUCUCUGUACUCAUCUGAAAAAUGAGAACAAAGUGAUUGUUCCUGUUCUCUUUCUUAAGUCACUUCAAAUGCUAUCCGUGGACAGGCGGCUCAUUGUCAGGAGAGCUGCGGAGCGAGCGAGAGGAAGAGAACUCAGGCUCAGGUACAACAGCAACAAGAGCAGCAGCAGCACUUCAGCCAAAAGCAUCACAGAGAGAGGGGGAAAACAGCUGAAUAAUGAUGGAGAAAGACACUGUGAACUUCUCACCAGGUAAAAGUCCUUCUCAAGGAGACAGGCUUAGACAAGCACCUCAGCGGGGUUUCUACUUGGGCCAAGCCCCUCUUUAUAUGAAGCCCCCAAGAUUCUCUUUACCCAGUUACCCCACCAUAGACCCUUACAGUGCUCUCACCACGCCGGCGUUCUUCCCUGUGCCCAGCCUCGGUUACGUUCCCAAAGAAGGAUUCCCAAAAAAGAAAAGGCUUCAUCUCAAAGCGGGUGCCCAGGGGGAAGAGUCGCCUGAUGGACAACAGGAGGAGGCAGAAGAGAGCAGGAGCAAGAAGAAGCUAGACAUCUCUCAUGUCCCCUUCUCACUCCCACCUUGCUCCAUUUCCUCCACGUCCUCUCGACCAAUACCUGGGAUGAUUGAGCUGAAUAGGCUGCAGCUUCACAGCAGAUCAGGAGGUUUUAGUCUCCCUGUGCAGGUGAAACAGGAGCCUCCCAGUCCGUCCUCUCUUUGGCCUUCCUCCCCUCUCCUUCUCCACCCGCCUUACUUCCCUCCUCUUUCUCAUGGUCCUUUCCCGUACCCCUUCUUCAUGCCUGGGCCAGUCAUGCACAUCCCACCCAGUCCCUUCUACCCCAGAGAGGACCCACGCUCCAGCAAGGCCCCGCGUGACGAAGCGCCCCGAGGUGAGCUCACCAACGCCGAGAAGGCGGGUCUGAACGUCCAUGUAGAUGACAGCUACUACGUGGACGUCGGCGGCGACCAGAAGAGAUGGAAGUGCCGGAUGUGUGAAAAGUCCUACACAUCCAAGUACAACCUGGUCACGCACAUCUUGGGCCACAAUGGGAUCAAGCCGCACGCCUGUCACCUCUGUGGGAAGCUGUUCAAGCAGCUCAGCCACCUGCACACACACCUCCUCACACACCAGGGCAUGAGGCCUCACAAGUGCCAGGUGUGCCACAAAGCUUUCACCCAGACGAGCCACCUGAAGAGACACAUGAUGCAGCACAGCGACGUGAAGCCAUACAGCUGCAGUGUGUGUGGCAGAGGCUUCGCUUAUCCCAGCGAGCUUCGUGCCCACGAGCUGAAGCACGAAAAAGGGCAGGAGAAUGUGUGUGUGGAGUGUGGUCUGGACUUCCCCACCCUGGCCCAGCUCAAGAGACAUCUGACAGUUCAUCGUGGUCCCACCUUAUACAGGUGCACAGAGUGCCAGAAAACGUUCCAGUACCCGAGUCAGCUUCAGAACCACAUGAUGAAACACAAGGACAUCAGACCGUACAUCUGCAGCGAAUGUGGGAUGGAGUUCAUCCAGUCGCACCACCUGAAGCAACACACACUCACUCACAAAGGGGUGAAGGAGCACAAGUGUCGCAUCUGCGGCCGCGAGUUCACACUGUUGGCCAACAUGAAGCGCCACGUCCUCAUCCACACCAACAUACGGGCCUACCAGUGCCACAUGUGCUUCAAGAGCUUCGUCCAGAAGCAGACUCUCAAGGCUCACAUGAUCGUCCACUCGGACAUCAAGCCCUAUAAAUGCAAGCUUUGUGGGAAGGAAUUUAACAGAAUGCACAAUCUAAUGGGACACAUGCAUCUUCACUCGGACAGCAAACCCUUCAAAUGCCUCUACUGCCCCAGCAAGUUCACUUUGAAGGGGAACCUCACCAGACACAUGAAAGUUAAACACGGAGUCAUGGACAGAGGGCUGGAUGAAAGAUUGUUUCGCCAAAGAGGACGCCUCUGCCUGAACAGAUCCAUGGGCCUCAUCUCCCACUAUAGCCAAGAGGAACCGUUCGACCUCUCCCAGAAAGCACCAAGCUUGCCCAAUCUCCGUCUCUCACAGUCUGAUGGCGAAAGCAUCCCAGGAAGCUCCUGUCAGGAGGAGGAUGAGGAGAGUUUGUACAGAAGGAGCCAGUACAGUCCAGAGGUGGAUCAGCAAGAGCCCCCAGGCGCAGACCAGUACAUUUCUGACCUGAAGGAGGGAGAGGACGGUCGGGAAAAUGAACUUCGAACUGGCAAGAUACCGAAACUAAAGAAGUACCUGGAUAGUUCAGAGGACGAGUCUUUGGAAGGAGAGAAAAAAUCACAAGGUCAGUUUGGUAAUACACGCCGCCUCGGACAGUCAGAAUCAUCUGAUGAAGAGGUGGAUGAGCAGGGAUACACUGAAAGAGUCCGCUCCGAGUCAUUUGACUAUGACUCGAUUUCAGAAGACGAGCGUGAGGGAAGCAAACAGCCGCUGGAUGGUAGUUAUGAAGGCACCGACGUAACAGAGGAAAACUGAAAGAGAGUUGAUAGAGCACACAGAGAAAUUACAAGUUAAACCACGAGUUACAGAGUGUGGAAAAUUUGUCAAUAGCAAAAUGAGUAGAAGUAAAUUUACACUUGUCUCUAUUAAUAACCAUACAAAGACAAUAAAUAUUUAUUUUGUCUGACAUUAAAUCAGACAAAACCUUUCCCACUUUAGGUCAGAUACAAUUUUACAAAUGGUUUCUAUGUGGCUGAAAUUGCAAGAUUCCUUAUAUACUUUAUGGCUUUCUUUCAAAUUGACAUACAUUAAUGUCAUAAUUUCUUUAAAUUGGUGAAAAAGAUUAAAAGAAGAUGCUAUGAAGCCAUAAGAUCUUGAGAUAGGAAUUCACAACCUUUGAAAUUUAACUUACAGCUGUGAAAUCAACAUUUCAAGAUGCCCAACAGUGUUCAUCUGUUCAAAUAAUAAAAUAAUGGGAAAGAGUUCAGAGAUUUUUUUUUUUGUGAUAUUCAAUUGUAUUUUUAAUUCUAACAUAUUGUGUUCAUAUGCAGAUCACACAAUACACGUGGAUGCUUAAAGCUGUGAAUUGCUACCAAUAUCAAAUAUUGGGAAUAUAUUCUGAUUUAUAAAUGGGAAUUAAUUUGUAAAUAUAAUGAAAGAUUUAUUUAAUGUACUAUUUUUCACAAAUCAAUUUGCAAUGUUCACAUUAUUUUGAUUUAACUAUAACUGAAUUGUGUUAGCAUGUUUGAAGACAGUUUUUGUGUGAGAUCAUGUUAAAACUAAACUGUAAUCAGGUUCUAACUGCACAAAUUUGACUUUUUGUGUAAUAAACUGUGAUUUAGUUUCUUUAGUGUCUAAAUUCUGAAUCUGUAUGAUAAGAUUAUUUUUCUCUUUUGCUGUGUGGGUUUUCUAUCCUGCUGUUGUUCAAUUGUAGCAAUAAGAUGUUUCUACUGAAUAAACACAAACCUGCAAAUUCUGUUA